AUGCCCCCGCCACUAUCCAACAAGACCAACAGAGGCUACGUGCCUUUACCCGUUUGUCCCGCCUCCAGCAAAUUUCGACCUCCAUCGGACAGGCAUAAGGAGAACGACGGGAAGGGUUGUCAUGCCUCGCGUGUUUCUGAAGAUGAUUCCGACGCCCCCGAGCCAUUCUUCGCUCCCCAGGGCGAGAGCGUCAAGUAUUUCGCGAAAACGCGUCCUGCCCCGCUCCUGAGGGAGCUGCCGUCCCUCAAGAAGCUAGAUUUUCAUACUGACUUGUUUUUCCCCCUCUCUCCGGCAAAACACGUGCUGCUGAAGUCCAGGCUUCUUGAAUUCAACAGAAAGGUGGCGAGAGUCCUGUUCCGGACCUGGAUUGUUAGCGUUCUCGAAAAGAAGGGGAUGGGAUAUAGAGAGUGGCGUAUAUACGUCCAGUGCCACAAGGCUUUGACGGCCUGCAGUGACAUAAACAAAAACAAUCUCCCGCCCAAGAGCCUGGAGAAGUUCCGGCUAAUGGGCCGGAAGGAGCGGCUGGUCCGCAAGUUAGUCGCCGCUUUCCUGGUCGGUGUCGAGAAGCAGGCUGAGGAGCGCGAGCGCCUGGCGGACUGCGAAGAAGUCGUAGUUGAUGCUGAAGAUGAUACAGCGGACGGCGACGGUGAGGUGCAGAUCGCAGAUAAAGCCAUCGGUAACGACGAUCCCAUCGAUGCCCCGGAGGCCCUCGAAGAUGCCACAGAGAAACCCGGCCGCCCCGAUGAGUUUUCUGAGGAACCACCGACUGUCUCCCUCGAAGAGGGCAAUGCCGCCCGUUCCCCUGCCGUGGCUACGGGAGGCUCCCUCCCAUCUUCACCGUCGCCUGCCCGAAGCUCGCCGUUCCGCGAGCUUGGCAACCUUUCGCCUUUGAAGCCAGUGGACGACGUCCUCGCGCGUUCUGCCGAGGAGAUUGGC